AUGAAGCGUUUGAUUCUGCUGUGCGUCCUGCUGGUCGCCUCUCAGGCCAAGGUCUUCAAGAAGUGCGAGCUGUCCCGGGUGCUGAAACAAAACGGCUUGGCCGGCUACCUAGGCAUCACUCUGCCCAACUGGCUCUGUAUGGCACACCGAGAAAGUGGUUAUAAUACUCAGACCGUCCGCCGCCUUUCAGACGGCAGCACCAACUACGGGAUUUUCCAGAUCAACAGCCGUUUCUGGUGUGACGAUGGCAAAACAAGUGGAGCCAGGAAUGGUUGCAAAAUCUCUUGCUCUAAGCUCUUAGACGAUGACAUCACGGAUGACAUAGCGUGCGCAAAGAAGAUCGCGCGGGAAUUCCGAGGGUUGUCAGGCUGGUUGAGCUGGACAAUAUACUGUGAGGGUCGCCGCCUGUUCCAGUACGAGUGCUAGAUCCCCCCAGCCCGGAGGGCUCCUCUGCUCCCCGGGCUCAGCGAUCCUCCACCGCAGACUCCCGGAACCCAGCCCGGACUUCAGCCCCGGCUCCCCGGACCCCGGCCCCGACUCCCUGAGUCGCUCCUCUCGGCCUCGGCUCUGGUGGCGGGUCUAUUUGUCUACUCAAUAAAGAUUUCUGCUUCUA